AUGGAUUUCCUCUUUGAUCCUUGGUCUUCCAUUUCUCACGCUAAGCAGGCCGGCGAGGUUGUAUUGGCCCCUCCCUGUGUAGCCUUAGCGUCAGUAUCACCGCGGGUCAAGAAGCACGUGCUAGACGCAGCACUUCCUCCACUUGCGGACAAUGCUUUCCGACUAGUGGACAAACAGCCUUUGAUACCGGAGUACCCCGAGGUAACCUUGCCAUCCAAGUACAAGUUCGCAUGUCAGACCCGAUUACCACCUAGCCUACUUUACGGAUAUAUCUGCCGCCUCUCAAGACUAAGAACAGACUACAUCCCAGAUGCAAAUGAUAAGCACCAAAUGUCGGAUGUGGCUUUCCGCCACAUCUUCAGUGAUCUGGUGGCAAUUGCACCCUUAGCUGACCUUAUAUCGAACUACUACUUUGCAGGUAUUAAAGCUCUCUUUCAUACGAACUCGCCCAUGAGUGGCAAUUCAGUUGGAAGGAAGCAGCGUCGAUGAACGGUAUCCGUUACAAUCCACGGUUAGCUCCGAGUGAUCAAGCUGCGUAGUUAGUUAUUAGCCUGCCAUGAGCGCACGUGUGGUCCUCUAUCCACCCAACAACUACUAGUAUCUAGAUCAUCUUACUCCAGUCUAAUCACGGAACCCACCAAAACAGUCAACUCCGUGGAUGAUCAUCUGUACGUAGUAUACGCGCAACAUACCCGCGGUGACACUUCGGAAAUUCUAUAAUGGUUUUACUUCGUUCGCAGACAUCAUUUCUACGUUUGGUAUUCUGUCC